GAACCACCAACCUCUGACAAACACAGCACACCUGCACUUCAUCCCUGAUUACAUACUACCAGUAUUAUUAUAGUGAAGUAGUGGUGUAAAAGGAAGUAGCUGUAAGUGUUUCUGUUCCUCUCAGCCUGUCUGCUGCUGUAACACAUCUCCCCCAAGGAUCAGUGAGUCAUCUCUUAAUACAGGUAAACCCAGUUAUUUCACAAUAAAUGAUUAAAUCAGAGGGAGGAGACUAAAACGGAAAAACUGCUGCAGUUAGAGGAGGAACAACAGUCAGAAGAGGAGGGGUUCAACGUCACACUGCUGAAAUGAAACUAAAAGUCAGAGCCACAGCGGAGCUGUAGUCGAGACAAGUCCCUGUUUCCCUCUGAGACAAAAGAUCAUCAGGUUCUUCUGGGCCACAGCAGAGUCUCUACCAAACGCUGAUAUGUCUGCCGCCAAACGCCGACGAUCUGAAGACCAGUUUCUGUGCUCCAUCUGUCUGGAUGUGUUCACUGAUCCAGUCUCCACAUCAUGUGGACACAACUACUGCAAAACCUGCAUCACUCACCACUGGGAUGUUAAUGUCCCUUAUAUGUGUCCCAUGUGUAAAAAGGUUUUCAAGAAAAGACCUAAGCUGAACAUCAACACCUUCAUCUCUGAGAUGGUCGCUGACUUCAGACGUGAAGCCCAACAGAAAGCCAGCAGCAGCAGCUCAGAGCAACAAGCUGCCAAACCAGGAGAAGUUCCCUGUGAUGUCUGCACUGGAACCAAAGUGAAGGCCCUGAAGUCCUGCCUGGUGUGUCUGACCUCCUACUGUGAGACUCACCUGGAGCCUCAUCUGACAGCUCCACGUCUGAAAAAACAUCAGCUGUUCAAGCCUGUGGAGAACCUGGAAGGCAGGAUGUGUAGGCAGCACGAUAAACCUCUGGAGCUGUUCUGUAAGACUGACCAGAUGUAUAUCUGCGUCCACUGCCCUGUUUUAGAGCACAGGACACAUGAGUUUGUUCCUCUGAAAGAAGAAUAUGAAAGAAAGAAGGCAGAGCUGGGGAAGACAGAGGCCGAGAUUCAGCAGAUGAUCCAGAAGAGACGAGAGAAGAUUGAGGAGCUCAAACAGUCAGUCAGGAUCAGUAAAGAAGGUGCAGACAGAGAAAUAGCAGCAGGUGUUCAGGUCUUCACUGCUCUUAAGGAGUCUGUUGGGAGAGGCCUGAUCCAGCUCAUCAAGGAGAUCGAUGAGCAACAGGAAACCACAGAGCAACAGGCUGAAGGCUUCAUCACAGAGCUGGAACAGGAAAUCUCUGAGCUGAGGAAGAGGAGCACUGAGGUGGAGCAGCUCUCACACUCUGAAGACCACCUCCACCUCCUCCAGAGCUUCUCCUCCCUGAAAGCUGCUGCACCCACCAAGGACUGGACAGAGGUCAGAGUCUGUCCUCCAUCAUAUGAGGGGACUGUGGUGAGCGCUGUGGCUCAGGUAGAGGAGACGCUUAGUAAACAGAUGAAGAAGCUGUUUGAGGCUGAGCUGAAGAGGGUCCAGCAGUUUGCAGUGGAUGUGACUCUGGACCCUGAUACAGCA